AUGGAGGUCGGAGAAAAUGGGGAAGAAGCCACGAAAUGUCCCAACUGCUCGGCGGCACCACCAGCAGUACCAUCAAAAAAUGCCCAGAAGAAGGUGUUAAAGCAGCAGAGGUGGGAGGCGAAGAAGGCGGAGAAGAAAGCGCAGGAGAAAGCGCACAAGAAGAGAGAGGGAGAGCGGAAGCGAAAGGAAUGGGAGGAGACUCUCGCCGGCCUAACUGAAGACGAGAGGUUGAAGAUGAUAGAGUCCAGGAAGAGCUUGAGGAAAGAGAGAAUGGACAAGAGGUCUGAGGAGCGAGACAGAAAGAACGAGCGCCUCAAAAGAGCCAAAGAGGAGGGACAGAAGGUGGUCAUUGAUCUCGACUUCUCUCACCUCAUGACACCCUCCGAGAUCAACAGCCUAGUUCAACAGAUUAUGUAUUGUUAUGCGGUGAAUGGGAGGAGUAGUGAGCCGUGUCAUCUGUGGCUGACUGGGUGCAAGGGGGAGAUGGGGACGCAGUUGAGGAGGCUGCCGGGGUUCGAUAAUUGGAGUGUGGAGAGGGAGGAUAGGUCCUACAUUGAGGUUUUGGAGGGUGAGAAGGAGAAUCUGGUGUAUUUGACGGCUGAUUCGGAGAAUGUGGUGGACGAGCUGGAUCGGAGCAAAAUUUAUAUAAUUGGGGGAUUGGUGGAUCGGAAUAGGUGGAAGGGGAUUACAAUGAAGAAAGCAGAGGAGCAGGGGAUUCAGACCGCGAAACUCCCUAUUGGGAAGUACUUGAACAUGUGCAGUUCCCAGGUGCUGACUGUGAAUCAAGUGGUAGAGAUUCUCCUCAAGUUCUUGGAGACCAAGGAUUGGGGAGCUUCCUUCUUUCAAGUGAUUCCACAGCGGAAACGAUUGCAAGCAGUCGAUGAUUCAUCGGAGGAGCCUCAACAACAGAAAGGAGAAGGGAGGGAGAAAAGUGAAGAGAAAGAUGAUGAUCAAUGUGAAAGCAAAAAGCAGUGUGCUAAUGGCCCUUCUUCAUUGGAGCAAGUGACUGCUGCCUGAAAGAGGGACUGAAAAUGUUGUUGUCUUGUUUAAUUUUGAUCCAUCAACCAUCAAGAUGGACCGGAGGAGCUUAACAGCCACAUUGCUGCAGUGAUGCAUCUGCAAUGUAGUUGUUGAUUGUAAGACUAGACAAUGAAUACAGUGACUAGUUUUAUUUAGCCCCAUUGAAACUUUAUGCAUUGUUCCCAUACUGUCUUAUAUCUGUUGUCCACUAAUAAAAUGAUAUUCUCUUUU